AUGAGCUCUACUGCUACAUCCGCCACUGAUCUAUGCGGCGACAAUUUGUUCGGUCCGGUCAUUCGACCAGGUUGUCGCGGAGGCUUUGACUUCACUGCUCUAUUUGAGGCAGCCAUCUUGACUAUCGCCCCUGCUGCAUGUUUUCUACUUUUAUCACCAUUCAGACUCUUCCAGCUUUACAGGCAAUCUCCUAAAGUUCUUUCUUCUAAUCUGCGUCUCCCAAUCUUAUCCCUCGCUGCUAUCUUAGCAGCCGUACAAAUUCCCCUUCUCAUACUUGUCGCAACCGAGCAUGUUCCCCAAAAACAUACGUCCCUCGCGGGUGCCAUUCUUGAACUUCUUGCUGCACUUGUUCUCGUGGCUGUUGUUGAUUUGGAGCACGUUCGUUCCAUCCGGCCGUCAUUCCUAGUCACUGCCUACCUGUUCACAGCUCUGUUAUUUGAUGUUGCCCGUGUACGCACCUCAUGGUUGGCAUCUGACAACCACUCAUAUUCCGCCUGUCUUUCAACAUCCCUCGCCAUCAAGCUACUCUUACUGGUACUUGAGAAUCUCGACAAGCGGAAAUGGCUUAUACCAAGCGAGAAAGCCAAGUCUGGGGAAAGCGUGAGCGGACCAUUCAGUCGAGGGCUAUUCACAUGGUUAAACGGGCUCUUGCGAAAUGGCUACUCAAUCAUACUCACAGGCGAUGCACUGCCCACCAUCCACGAAAAACUCCAGUCUCGUGAUCUGUCCUCCCGAUUUGCUGAGUCCUGGGCAAGCUGCAAUCAGAGUCGCAAGAAUGCUUUGUUCCUGGCUGUUAUUAGAUGCCUGCGAUGGGAGAUAGUGGGAAUUGCGUUCCCCCGUCUCUGUGUUGUAGGUUUCAGCAUUGCACAGCCAUUUCUGGUGGGGAAAGUUGUGACAGUUCUGGAGCGAACUGACUCUCUCGCUCGGGACAUGGCCUACGGUCUAAUUGGAGCUACCGCGAUUGUCUUCGUUGGGGUUGCUGUGUUCACCGCGAGCUACCAGCAUCUAGGGUACCGCGCUACAACUAUGCUACGAGGUGGCCUCAUGGCUUUGACUUAUGAACACAUGAUGAAUCUUCCAUUGGGCACCACAGACGAAUCCAGUGCCAUGUCACUUAUGGGGACCGACAUCGAGAUGCUUGCCGAAUACUUCCUGUCUACAGUAUGCGAGACAUGGGCGAAUGUCCUACAGCUGGGCCUGGCCACUUGGCUCCUGCAAACCCAAGUGGGUGCUGUCUGUAUUGCUCCUUUCGUAGUGGUAAUAUUCUUCACGGCAGCGUCGUUCGGCAUGGGAAAUGCUGUCACUGCCAGGCAAAAGACUUGGCUGCAGGCUACAGAGAAGCGCGUGAACUUUACCUCCGCUAUUCUUGGAUCUAUCCGAAAUGCGAAGUUUCUUGGUUUGUCCGAGAUUAUGGGAACCAUGAUUGAUGCUUUGCGUGAGGAAGAACUCACUAUUUCGAAGAGAUUCCGCCGGAUUCAGACAAUCCGUGUAUGCAUGGUCAACCUUCCGUCGAUCGUUGGUCAACUUGCAACAUUUGCAGCGUAUGGCAUGGUAGCUGCAGUCAAUGGAUCCGGGGGAUUCCAUGUCUCGCAAGCCAUCACAUCACUUUCGUUGGUCAACUUAUUGGUCAAUCCGCUCCAGCAACUUCUGCUGGCGAUUCCGGAUACAUUUGCAUCAAUCGGAUGUUUGCAUAGAAUACAGGACUUCCUCAGGCAACCGAGUCGCGUUGAAAAGAGGAAAUUAGCUCCGCUGCUAUCAAGUCCAGCAGCUUCGUCCCCAAGUCAAUCUGGUAUUGAGCUCUCUGCUCUCUCUUCCCCCAUCACUGGCUCUCUUUCAAAGCAGGCCGCGAUGCAUAUCUCACUGGAAAAUGUCCGUUUUGGAUGGAAGUCCUCACCACUGGACAAAUCUGGUGUUACACUGACCCUCGGGCAAUCUGACAGAGGAAACCUCGUUUCAAUUGUCGGUCCCGUCGGUAGUGGGAAGUCCACAUUUUUGAAAGGCCUUGCCGGUGAGACGCCUAUAUUGGAUGGAAAGCUCGUGAUCAGUCAUCCGGACAUAGCAUUCUGCGAACAGAUGCCAUGGCUUGCCAAUGCAUCAAUUCGGGAUAACAUUGUGGGCGACAGCGGAUCAUCCUCGUUUGACGAAAGAUGGUAUCACACAAUCUUGCAAGCAUGUGCGCUCAGCCUGGAUAUAGGGAGAAUGCCAGCAAAAGACCGGACGUUUGUAGGCAGCAAGGGGGCGAAACUGAGCGGAGGGCAAAAGCAAAGAAUUGCCAUCGCACGAGCUCUCUAUUCUCGCAAACGCAUCGCUUGUUUCGAUGACGUCUUCAGUGGUCUUGACAACGUGACUUCCCAGCAGGUAUUCACAAAUGUCUUUGGCCUGGAUGGUCUGCUACGUCAGCUGGGCUGUACCGUUUUCCUGGCCACCCAUAACACUCAGCACCUACCGCAAUCCGACUUUAUCAUUGUGCUGGGCAAUGAUGGUGAAAUUCUCGAGCAGGGCACUUAUUCCCAGCUUCGAAGUCACAUGGGAGGUUACAUUAACAAGCUUGGACUGAGCACAGGGCAGCUAGGUGACCCAGGAGCGGCUAAUACUGUUCAAUCACAGUCUGAGCUCACGACGACCACUGCAGACACUAGAACCGUCUCGGAUCCUUGCGAUGGCGACCGACAGACAACCGACACUUCUGUGUACAAGUUUUACUUUUCUAGUCUGGGUUGGCUGAGAGUAGCUACUUUUGUGUUUUUGCUGACUGUCAAUUCAGCCGUUGGCGGAUUUCUCUACAUUUGGGUAGAACGUUGGUCGAGUAGCAACGACAGUGCCUCAGGCUCGCGUUCAGGAUACUGGCUGGGAAUAUAUGCGGCAUUGGCCGCGGUUGAAGCAGGCGCGCUUGCGCUUGCUAUAUUCUGGACAUGGGUCAUCAUUGUCCCAGCUGCCUCGAAACACCUUCAUUCCACCGUGCUCCGCGCUUGCAUUAGUGCUCCCUUAUCUUACUUAUCAAAUGUCGAAACUGGAACUCUUGUAACUCGCUUCAGCCAAGACAUGCGUCUAGUAGACAUGAUUCUGCCCCGUGGGUUCAUCUCAUUAGGGUUCCAGCUCUUCAGUGCGCUCGCUCAAGGCGCCAUCACCAUCGCUUCCUUGCCUUAUAUCGCUGCGGCUCUGCCAUUCCUCAUCGCGCUGCUGGGCCUGCUUCAACGAUUCUAUCUUCGCACUUCUCGCCAACUGAGAUUGUUAGAAAUCGAGCUCAAGAGCCCCUUAUACACUCACUUCCUCGAGUCUCUCUCUGGAGUGACCACCAUCCGCGCCUUCUCAUGGACGCCCGUGGCCGUGUCUAGGAUGCUUGCUAUGCUUGACACCGCCCAAAAACCUUAUUAUCUUCUUCUGUGCAUACAACGCUGGCUCUCACUGGUGCUGAAUCUUAUAGUAGCUGCUCUAACAGUCAUCAUGGUCGGAAUAGCCGUCGGCGUUCGUCAUCAUGUCAACCCAGGUCUGCUAGGUAUUGCUCUCGUGUUGAUGGUUGAGCUGGGCCAAGUUCUAUCGGAAGUGAUCCAGAAUUGGACGCUGCUUGAAACAUCGCUGGGUGCGAUUGCUCGGAUCAAGUCGUUUUCCGAAGACACCCCCACUGAAGAAGAUCCGACUCUUGAGGCCCAUGAACCACCCGUGGGUUGGCCCAGCUGUGGUCAGAUUGAGUUUGCUGAUACGAGCAUUGCGUAUGACACCUGCGAGUCAGCAACCGCUGUGCUGAGCGACAUCCGCCUUCAAGUCCGUGGUGGGGAGAAGAUUGGGCUAUGUGGUAGGACUGGAAGCGGCAAAAGCAGCCUCGCGCUUUCUCUACUUCGCCUCAACGAGGUUGUUUCUGGUCAAAUUCUGAUUGACGGACAAGACAUCUCCCUCAUCUCCCGAUCUUCGAUACGCCAGCGCAUUAGCAGUCUCAGCCAAGAGCCCUUCCUAUUUCCAGGGACCAUUCGGCAGAAUGCGGACCCGUCCAACGCUGCUACGGACGCGGACAUUGUUGAUGCUUUGCGCUCCGUUGGAGUGUGGGAUGCACUGGCGGCGCAUCACAAAGGCUACAGCCGUGACGAAGAGGUUCUUGGCGUCAAACUAGACGACAGCAUCUUGUCAGAAGGCCAGAAGCAGCUGUUCUGUCUGGCACGGGCUCUGUUAAAGAAGAGCAAGAUUCUGAUCCUCGAUGAACCGACGAGCAGUUUGGACAAGGAGACAGAUGCUCGAGUGCAGAAGCUCAUCCGCGAGUUGUUUCGAGACUGCACGGUGAUCAUGGUCGCUCAUCGGAUCCAUACUCUACUCGACUUUGACCAGGUCGUGGUGUUGGACAGCGGACGGGUUGUCGAAGUGGGACAUCCACGCGGACUAGCCCGCAGACCCGAUGGGGCUUUCGCUAAACUGUUAGCUUUUGAGGUCUGA